UAAGCAACCUUCGAAGAAGAUUGACAGCAACUUUAGUUGAUUCAUUCGAAGAAAACUUUAAAGAAGGGUCAAGUUGUAUUUGUUGCUGGUCAGCUGCGAGGUGUUUAAUUCAGAAGAGCAGUAUCACAGUUUAAGACAGUUCUCUGAUGGCUGCCAGCCAGAAGCGUAUUAAUACAAUGCGCUGAAAAGUUGCUUUAGAGUCAGCGAUGUGUUCUUUUUAAUACAUUUUGGGGAAGUUGCAGCAAUGCCGGACGUGGAACCCCUCAGAUUCCCAUCCAGGGAAGGACGACCAAGUCAACAAGAUCAAGUAGAUCUUCAAGCUGUUUGCUCUGGUAGACGUCGCACCUGUGCUUUGCUCAACAGUCCUUCACCAUGGGUCAACAGCAUUAUCUACCAUAUCCAAGAGAUUAAGAUGACAGUGGAAAACAGGUGUCAGCAGUCUGGAAGAUAUCAAUCACAAGCUAAAUACAGCAAAACUUUAAGAUUUCAAUCCAGAGACUCAGAUUCUGACUCUGUGAUGUCUACAGAUUUGUAUGUUGAAGGCUUUGCAAUUUGUGCAAGAGAAAGUUGUCCAUUAUCUCCACUACUGAAGAAAAUAAAUGAUGUCCUCAGCGAGGUUGUGUAUCUGAUUGAGCGGCUGGAGGCUGAUCGGCAGCAUGCAGAGGAAGCCCUGCUUAAAGAGAAAAAAAGGAAGAGGUUUUUGGAGAGCAAAGUGGACAGUAUUUCACUGUGGAGGCAAAAAGAGCAUGCUUAUGUUGUGCAGAAAGAACACGAGGCUUGCAUUAGAGAUAUCACUGAAUUAAAGUGGCAGCUGAAAGUGGAAAGAGAGAAACUUGACCAAGCCCGAGAGAAACUGUCACACACCGAGGGGUUGAAUCAGCGCCUACACAAGGACAUCAGUUUUGCCAAAAAACAAGUUCCAAUUGUGAAGGAAAAAAUCGACCUCCAGAAAGACCUCGUAAAUGAGAUUGACGCUAAACAAGCGGAGGCUAAUGACGUUCGCUCAAAAAUACAGCAUGAUCUCCUGUUAGCCCAGAAUAGGUUUAAAAACAUGGAGCUGGCUGCUAAAAAAGAGAAGAUAUCAGCAGACCAAGAGCUACUGGCACUGAAGAAUACUCUGGCAAAAAAACUGGAAAGUUUAAAUCAGUUGAAGAUGAUGGAUGAUGGUCUACAUGAUGAAAUAAAGGAUGCUGAAAAGACCAUUGCUCUUGCAGAAGAGAAGUGUGCACUUAUAACUCAGUGUAUCCCUGAGAUGAUGGAGCUAGAGAAAACUGAAACCGACACAAUUGCACAGUUAAAUGUUCAAAUUGAGGGUGAAAUACAUACGAAUAAGAAGUUACAAGAAAAACUAAUUUCCCUGCAAGAAGAUAUUGCGAAAACUAAACUGAAUGGGGAAGCAGAAGUAUCCCGCAUAGAAGAACAACUUGAAUCAAAACGCAAAACUUUUGCAGCUCUCCGUAAAGAAAACAUGCAGUAUGAACAGAGUGUGGAAAACUACAAGACAAAAAUUUUGGAGAGCGAGAAAGCAGUGAAGCAGAUGUGUGAGGAGAGGAAACAGAUGCUCCAGAAAAUCAGUGACAAUGACGAGAAGUGGGAAAGGGCCGAGGAAGAAGUGACCCAAGUUGUAUCCCGGCACAGUGUCAUUCAGGCUGAGCUCGAAGAACAAGAGCAGCUAACCUUCGCAGAGAAAGAGAGGGCCAGGACAGAGAUUGAAAACCUGAGGAAAGACCUGACAGGUCAGAGGACUACCCUGGAACAACUUAAGACUCAGUGUGCAGAUCUCGAUGAGCAACUUAAACAACAGCAAAGGAAAUCAAUGCUGACGAAUCAGCAACUUCAGAAAGAAUUUGAAGAUGCAUCCUCAGUGACAAAAGCCCUGGAGACAAAAAUGGAGGAAAUUAAAAAUAUGAUAGACAAUUUGGAAAGCAUUUCAUGUGAACACAGGAAGACAUUAAUCAACCUUAAGAAUGAGAAAGACCUCCAACGCGAUCAUCUGAAAGCUGCUCAGGAUUUACACAGCGCUGCUAUACAGAAAUAUGAUGACACCGUGGGAAGGAUCAGUGACCUUAUGAAUAAAAGUGAGGAAUACCGGGAUGCUUCAGAUAAAAUGGAAAAAAUAGCUGAAAACAUCCCAGAAGUCAUAGCAGAACUUCAGAGUGUUUUUGAUGUGCUGGAGUUCAGAAACAAAUCAGCUGCUCUCAUUAUGAGCACCUUGCAGUUUGAUAUUAAUAACUGCCAACAACGAACACAGCGAUCCAUGCAGACACACACCGCUCAUGUUACAGCAAGAAAAAAGCAAAUGGAAGACACCAAGGAAGCACUUAAAAUUGCGCUAAAGGAAAACAAACAGCUGGCAAGCCGGUAUGAAGACCUUAGGAAGAUUCUCAUGGAGGCCAAACAGGAGUCUGUGUCUGCACUGAGUGAGAAAAACAGCGCACAUAAAUCUUUUCAUUACUACACACAGCUCUCUUUGUUGCAGAAGAGGAUGCACAAAGCUUUGGUGAAAUACUUCAAACAACGCAGCCUCUACAGCCAGGCUGAACUGGACCGGUGCCAGGCUCUUUCUCAAGAGACCGACUGGAAAAUAAAAACAGCCCAGGAGGAGAUGUCAGAGGAAAGCGAACUUAUCUCAGCCUUCCUACAAUCCUUGACAGAUGACUCUACUACCGCUGAUGAUGCUACGGGGUGAACAAACAAGCCAAUCCAGAUGCCGCUGGAUCCAAUGAGUAGAUGCCUUCAGUUCAAAUAGCAGUGUAAUUGGACAUUCACCUGUACCAGACAACUUACUUACCCUAGCACGCUUCACUAUUCCCCCCUCUUUACUUGCAGCAAAUCCAUAACAAUGAAACAGGUGACUUUCAUGCUGCUGUCAGGACUGAUCUAAUUUUAGCUGGGUGAAUGAUUGCAAUUGGCUUUGCCUCAUCAGAUAAUUAAUCUAUGUCACCAUUAAUUGGAAAAGAGAAUAAUUACAGGCAGUGUUGACAGAAAUUCUACGCUUCUCCAGAUCCCAAGAUCUAAUUACAACUAGUGAAACCCCAUGACCUUAACUAGCACUUAGUACACCUUGGCCACCUUGACCAUGCCCAUGCGAAGCCCGUCGUCUCUCCAAAGAAUCUAUUUUUUGUUAUUGCAGCCCACACUCUUCUGCUCUCUUCACUCACUGAAAGCUGUCUCCCUCAAUCACUUUUCAAUAUUCAAUCUUAAUUUUGUGGAAGUUUAGCAUUUUCAAUGAGCUGGAGAUGAAUGAUUAAUGAAUAAAUUUAAAUGCUUCA